AUGAGUAUCAGUAAUGAUGAUAAUGAGUUUGAAGAUGGCGUAGAAUAUCAUAAAAAAAUUGAGUAUCUAGUAAAGAGCCUCAAAUCGACUGGAGCAGCACCGAAAGACAAACGUGGCUUGCAUGGUAAACAAGAGAACUCGCUUAGCAUUGAAACAAAAAGUGCAGUCCGUGAACACAUUAAUUCAUUUAAGGGAAGAAAUGGCCAUUAUAGCUUGAAUAGGACCUCAAAACUUUAUUUGCCCAAAGAUUUGUGUGUAAAGAAGACGAACAACAUGUUUUGCGAGCUCAACUCAACUAGUAAACUAUCCUACGAAAGUUAUAGAACUAUUUUUAAUCAUGAUUUCAACAUAGGUUUCGGGUACUUACGUACUAAUACAUGUAGCACAUGUGAUGAGUUUGUGGUAAAGUUAAAAGGUUUAGAAGCAGAAAAAAGAAGAGCAAGCAAUGACAAAGACGUCAAGAAAAUAACGAAAAAAAAUUGA